ACGCAUCCUGGUAAAAUUAUUACAACUUCUCGUUACCUCUGAAGUGGCCACCGAGUUGAGGGUGACAAGAGGUAAACUCGUUCGUUCUUCCAUUCAUUCACCUUUGAUGUCGUUCACUUCGUUGCGUAAGUUCGCUUGCAGUCUUUCUGAUUUAAAUCAACUGAUCAAUUGAAAAGCAUAAAAAAGUAAGGAAACCCCUGCACGGAAAAUAUCAUGUAAGGAAAACUACCGAAAUAUUUCAGAUUUGUCACAGAAUUGAGAAAGAAUAGUGAUAAGUGUCUGUGAUUCUUUUCCUUUCGUGUUUAGAUUCAGGAAACAGCGUGACGUUUUUUGAUUUUGCGUGACGUGUCACGAGAGAAAUUCGCCUGCAAAGAAUCAUGGAAAACUUUGACGUGUCAACGCAUGCGCAGGAUAUUAACAGAAAACAAACUUGUUUUGCAGUUUUCAGUGCUAUAUGCGACAAGAUUACUUGGUGCAUGAACCAAAAACCACUUUUAAUGACAGACUGUUUGGUUGUUACGAGUAGAAUAUAGAUAUUUUAUUGCAAUGCUACCGGAGCCUGCAAAUUCGUCAUAUUAUUCGCAAUCAAAGAAGCGUUCGCGAUGUAUGUCGACCUCGAUGCAGUACAAGUUUCUUCGCCGGAUCUUAAAAUAUCGACACAUGGAUUUCGAAUUUGCCCUGUGGCAGAUGCUUUACCUUUGCGUAUCACCGAGAAAAGUAUACCGAAAUUUUCAUUACCACAAACAAACAAAAGACCAGUGGGCAAGAGAUGAUCCUGCUUUUCUUGUGUUACUUAGUAUUUGGUUGUGUGCAUCUUCUAUUGGCUUUGCUGUGAUGUUGAAGCUACCCUUUUUAGGAUUUUUAAAGUUUUUACUAUGGGUUGUCUUUGUGGAUUGCAUUGCUGUGGGUCUUAUUAUAGCAUCAUUGUUAUGGUUCUUUUGCAACAGAUACCUGAGGAUAUCCACUGCACAUGAUCCAGGACAAAGAGUAGAAUGGGCUUAUGCAUUUGAUGUUCACCUAAAUGCAUUCUUCCCCUUGCUGUUAAUAUUACAUGUCAUCCAACUCUUUUGUAUGAAGAUUAUCAUUGACAAUCCAUGGUUCAUAUCAAGGUUUAUUGGAAACUCACUUUGGCUUAUAGCUCUGGUGUAUUACAUUUAUAUUUCUUUCUUAGGAUAGAGUGCAUUACCAUUUCUUCGAAGUACUGUGGUGCUACUGUAUCCUGUCUUGUUGGUGGUGAUAGGAUAUAUUGUAUCUCUUGCUGUGGGCUGGAACAUAGGGCAGACAUUUUUGCACUUUUAUGAGUAUAGAGUGGUGACUCAGACUGCUGGCUUGUCUCAGACUAUUAGCUGAAUGUCAGGCAGGAAUUUCCAGGAGAUCAGUGGAUGUUGGCCAAGGGAUUAUUAACAAAAAGUCGUUAGCCUAUGCAGUGUAGGUCCUCUUUACGAGGCUGGAAUAGAGCGGGUGUAAUACUAUGGACAAGAAUGAAUAAUUGCAGCAGCAAGGUUUUUAUUUCUAGAUGCAUCAGAACAUAGGAGACAUUUUUGGAUGUACAUAGUGUAUCUAUAAUUAUCAACCAUUUUGAUAAAUCUAUGACUUGACUGUGCAUUCUAGUACUUAACAACAGUCCAUAGACUAUAGGAACAAAAAGAGAUAUGUGCACGUAACUAGCCUGUUCAAGUGGCAAUGCCAAGGUCUUUGGAGAGGAUAUUAAUUCAUAGAUAUAUAGAUCCUAUCAAUGAGCUUCCUUUUACCAUUAAUUUCAUUGUAAGAUGUCACUCAAACUAGUUUAAAAAUGUUUGUCAUGCUAUUGUUGGGAAGCAAUUUGUUAUGAUGAAAAAUAUUAUUUACAGGUUGGAAAUUCUGCAGAAAUGUAUAAUAAAGUAAAUUAUUACAAGGUGAAAAAGAAUUGCUUUUUAAUUACUGCUUAAUACUUGAUGACUAGCAAGGAUUGGUCUGUGACAGCUUAAAAUAGACCAUUUCCCAGCCACAAGAAUAAGCCCAUAUCUGUAGAUAAACACUGUCAAGUUUUAUUGGAUUUGUCUUAAAUAUCAUCCAACAUUCAUUGCAAGACUUAUCUUUGCACAAGUAUGCAUCUGUUUCUAUUUGUUGUAAUAAAAAUAUAACAUUUAGAGAC